AGUUUACAAACAUCGAGAAGCUUCGAAAAUACAAACAAGCUAGUUUUAAUGGUAUUUAGUUAUAUACAGAGUAGUGUGGCUAAGUCAAGACGUUUACAUAUAGUUAUGUUUUCUUAUGAACUGUAAAAACAACCUGCACUAUUGAUAUAAAUGGUUGGGUUUAAAUUUAAGGUUGGUUGUUUGUUUGUUCGAACAGUAUCACGAAGUAUAAACCGGUUUUACUGUCAGAACCGAUGCAUCCGAACUGCAGCCCGCCUUUAUACUGAGGGGCCUUCAAAGGCUGAGUUGGAAAAAUUGAAAAGCCUUGAAUGGCGAUUUGAGGAAAGGCUGCGUUCAUUUUAUCAGCGGUUUGCUGAUGUGCCUGACAAUACAGUGUUUCAAAGAUGCCACCAUGUGUACACUGUGGAAGAACAUGGAAUCUACAGGAUGGCAUGUGGAAAAGGUGAGGAGAACGUUGUGCAGGUACUCAGUGCUGACUGGGCAGGACAGCAAAACGGGACCAUUCAGAGGGUCAGACUUUCUCCUACACAGUCCAUUUUGGCAGCCACCAUAAAAAAUGACCACGCUGAAGAGGCCAGACUUAUGCUGGUUCGAUUGGAGCCCAGUUCUAUUCCUGAGGGACCUAUGCUCAUCCUAAACAAUGUGUUUAGCUUUGAGUGGGCCACUGAUGAUGUGCUCUACUACACCACUCAAGAAGGUCUUCGGUGCAGACAUGUUUUCCGACUUAAUCUUACUGACACUAAAGCCCUAAGUCAACUGGUUUAUGAAGAGAAAGAUCCUGAGUUUUUCGUGGAGGUCAUUUGCUCCAGAGACCAGCAGCUGCUGACAGUAAACUGCAGCAGUAAGAGCAGCUCUGAAGUCUGGGUGAUUGACAGCAGGGAUCCUCUCUCACCUAAACUAGUACAGCCUCGAGAGCCUGGCCUGCUGUAUCACGUGGAACACUCUAACAACCAGCUGUACAUCCUCGCCAACACGGGCCCGGGUCAUGAGUACCAGCUGCUGAGGGCUCCUCUCUCCUCUCCUGCCAUGCAGCAUUGGGAACCAGUGUUCAGCCCUGUACCUGAAGCAGUCAUUAAAGACAUGGAGAUGCUACAGAACCACUGUGUGUUCACAGUAAGGGAGCCUCUGGGUCGACUCCAACUCCAGACGUUUCCAUUAAAAUCUCCUAACAGCAUAGCCACCCACCAGCUGCCUUCCUGGGCCUGCACUAUAGAGACAGAGCGACCUGACUUUAUGAACAAGGAUGCAUUUAGCUUUCUUCUCUCAUCACCGGUUCAUCCUCCAGUCCGCUACCUUCUUUGUCCCAUGGACGAGCGACCCCUGGCCAGUGAGAAAGGCAGUCAACACUCAUCACUUCCAGAGUGCCACACCACACGCCUGCAGGCUGUCAGCCAGGAUGGGACUAUGGUGCCUGUAACACUUUUCCACACGCAACCAUUGACCGAUAUAAGUGAGGUUCCACUCUUGGUGCAUGUGUAUGGAGCAUAUGGUCUGGAUCUAAACAUGGCCUUCAGUCCUGAGAAGAGAUUGCUGCUGGAGGACGGCUGGGUUUUGGCCUUCUGUCAUGUCAGAGGUGGUGGAGAGUGUGGUCUGGCUUGGCACCGAGCAGGUCGAUUGCAGUUCAAGAAGAAUGGAGUGAAUGAUCUGGCUGCCUGUAUUCAGACUCUUUUCCAGUCAGGAGUGUCCCAGCCUGCACUAACAGCCCUCACUGCUCGUAGUGCAGGAGCAGUCCUAGCAGGAGCGCUGUGCAACCAAAGCUCUCACCUUCUCAGAGCUGUCCUCCUACAGGCACCUUUUCUGGACGUCCUUGGUGCUAUGCAGGACUCUGCCCUCCCAUUAACAGUAGAAGAAAGAGGGGAAUGGGGGGACCCCCAUACAUACCCCCAGCACAGGGAUAUCAUCAGCUCUUAUUGCCCAUGCCAUAAUAUUACUCCUCAGCUCUACCCAUCCAUGCUGAUCACUGCAUAUUCAGGGGAUAUGAGGGUGCCUUUAUCAGGUGUGUUAAAGUAUGUGGAAAGACUAAAGAAAGCCAUCCAGACCCACACUAGCAGAGUCAGUACCAAAGGAGAAGUCCCAGCUGUCAUCCUGGAUGUCCAGUUAGUGGGAGAUCACUUCGGUCCAGAUGCUUUUGAUCAGUCCUUGCGUGAGAGUGCUCGUCAGUUAGCUUUUCUUUACCAAACGCUGGGACUGGACGUUCAAAGUUCUAGACAGAAACGGAGAAGACAAAGAAAAAGCCCAGCAACGCUUCCAAUUUUUACCCGAUUGCGUUAUGCUUCCUCUCUACUGGUGCUGACCCCUGCCCCGAUUGAGGAGAGUGAGACACGUGUGCAGCAGCCGACUGCAUUUUUUCACCUGCAUGAGGCGGAUUCGUACGCCGAUCAGCUUUGUGCACGGAGAGCCACACCCUGAUCAGCAUUAUUCCUCGACUCUGUGCAGACGGCAUCAACCAGCCAGUAGAGGUCGUAAUUUGCUCAGUUAUGAGGAGUCCCUAUCCAGCUUUGUCCUACCCUAUGAACAACAGCCAAUCGUUGUUCAUACAGCCGCCCAGCCCAGCCGGAUGGCAGAGCUGAGAUUCGGUAUGAUGUAUUUGAAAUCCCAGCUCUGUUGUGCUAGCGUAUUUUACCGCUGCACCACCUGAGCGGCUAAACAUAGAGCUUUCUAACAGGCAGUCUUAAAGUCAGUAAUCACGGUCACUUCAGAUGAAUGGCAAUAAGUGAUUUAUCUUCCAGUAUUUUGUGCCUCAAGAAGAAACUAAAUGAUUGCUCAUGUUACUCUUUUUAGGCAUUAUGCCUAUUGUGCGUAUUAUAUAUUGUUAUAUUUUUAAAACCAUAAAGCAAC